AUGUCGUCCCUGUCCCGCCGUGCCUGCUUCAAGUGCGGAAACAUCGGCCACUAUGCCGAGGUCUGCUCGAGCUCCGAGAGGCUCUGCUACAACUGCAAGCAGCCAGGUCACGAGUCCAACGGAUGCCCUCAUCCUCGCACCACGGAGACCAAGCAGUGCUACCACUGCCAGGGUCUCGGACACGUCCAGGCUGACUGUCCCACGUUGAGGCUCUCGGGCGCUGGAACAAGCGGACGCUGCUACUCGUGCGGCUUGGCUGGCCAUCUGGCGCGCAACUGCCCCAACCCUGGCAUGCAGGGAGCUGGACGUGGCGCUGGCGGUCCUCCCGCUCGUGGCGGGUUUGGAGGCUUCCGUGGAGGCUUCCAGGGCCAGGGCGGUGCGCGUGCGGCCACUUGCUACAAGUGUGGCGGGCCUAACCAUUUCGCCCGCGAUUGCCAGGCGCAAGCAAUGAAAUGCUACGCAUGCGGCAAGCUCGGCCACAUCAGCAGAGACUGCACCGCGGCUUCUGGAGGUCCCAACGGACUUGAAGCCGGCAAGACUUGCUACAGAUGUGGUGAGACUGGCCACAUUUCUCGCAACUGUGCUCAGGCUGAGGUCAACGGCGACUCUUCUGCUGUUCCCGCUGCUGCUCCUUUGUCUGCAGCUGCCCCUACCGCAGCUGUUGCUUAAACGACUAGCAUGAACUCAUUCUCAGCUCUGCUCUGCUGCGAGUAAAAUCACACCAGAGCAGCAACAUCAUCAUCUUUCUGCACACCAUUUAUUUGUUUUACCAUGCGACUCUCACAAUCGUUUCCUAGCCUCUCAGCAUCUAUCCCGGCAAACUUCACGCAUAUCACGAUCGAGCAAAGAGAAAAGUUUUCACGAUUCCAACGCUGAUACCCACAACACGUUUAUUCAUCUCAUUGACUUUACCAUUCUACCAUUUAUUCCGAUACAGACGACGGCUUGGCGAUGUGCGACGGCGGCUCUAUUCUUACUCUGCGUAGUUGACGUGGACGCUGUUUGAAUGGACGAGCGACCCGGAAAGGCGGCUGUGGUGGUUUGGUUGGUGAAGAGUGGAUUGAGGGGGAGGAGGAGUGAAAGAAGGAUAGUUUGUCGGAGCUGGGUGGGCAUCUUUCUGCCCGGGUGAUUUCUUACUUGUUCCCAUCUACCCAAAUGUUCGGCAUGUGAUAGAUGCAUGUACUGUGCCAACUAUCGUUCAAUAUAUGCUGUUACAUUUGGAA